AGUUGAGAUGCAUAUGUUUACAAAAUGAAAACUAAGCUGAAAUCUUUUCCAUUUCACAGCUUCGAGAACAUUUGGCCAAAGGUCAGCGUUUGUUGGCGGGGCAAGGAAUGACUCAGGUAGUUCGAAGUAUGUUGGAGCUGGUGUCAACCAAGAACUACUACAGCGGAGACCUUCUUUUUUGUGUUGAAAUCUUGCGCAAUGUGACUGAUACUUAUAAAAGAGCAACCUAUAUACCUUCAUUUGAAGAUAUUCAGAAGUUUUUCCAUGCUGUCAGCCACAUACUGGAUGCGGAUAAUAGAGAGAAGUGGGAGGACGCACAGCAGGUGGCUCCAGGCUCUGUACUUCUAAUGAAGGUGCUUGAAGAUUAUAUUCACCUUAUCGGGGAUGCUUUAAAGCCUUUUCAGAGCUCAAUCAUUGUUACAGAAAAUUUGGUUAUUAGCAUCCAAAGAGAACCUGUCUCUGCUGUAUCCAGCGAUAUAAACUUCCCAAUGAAAGGACGAAGAGGUAUGAAUGACUGGGCUAGAAACUCUGAAGAUAAACUUUUCAUUCCAAAGGAGGUCCUGACUUUGCCUAAUGCAGAAACAGAGGAGUCAACAUAUUUUGUCAUAGGUGCAGUUCUAUACCGCACUCUUGGGCUCAUCUUGCCUCCUCCAGGGAAUUCACUAGCUGUCAGUUCAAAGGUUUUGACUGUCACCAUUCGGCCUCUAACCAAACCUCCAGACCAGCAAGUGGUGGUGGAAUUAUCACAUAUAAUCAAUGGUACUUCAAGCCCCCAGUGUGCGGUAUGGGAUUAUUCCAAAAGUGAUGCAUCCAGUGGGAGCUGGGACACCGACAGCUGCCAGACACUGCCAACCCACCCAUCUCAUACCAAAUGCCUUUGCGACCAGCUCUCCACCUUUGCUGUUUUGGCGCAACUACCCAAGGAAAUGGUGAUGGAUGUCUCUGGUUCUCCAUCGGUCCCCCUGAUGAUUGGCUGUGCUGUCUCGUGCAUGGCUUUGCUCAUACUCCUUGCUGUUUAUGCUGCAUUUUGGAGAUUCAUUCGUUCAGAGCGCUCCAUCAUUCUGCUCAAUUUCUGUUUGUCCAUCCUUGCCUCCAAUGUUCUGAUUCUGGUGGGACAGUCCCAAGCACUCAGCAAGGCUGUCUGUGCUCUCAUUGCUGCUUUCUUGCACUUCUUCUUUCUCUCAUCCUUCUGUUGGGUAUUGACCGAGGCCUGGCAAUCCUACUUGGCUGUCAUUGGGCAAAUGAGAACACGUCUGGUCCGUAAACGUUUCCUAUGUCUGGGUUGGGGGUUACCAGCUCUAGUGGUUGCCGUGUCUGUUGGUUUCACACGAACAAAAGGAUAUGGGACCCCCCACUACUGCUGGCUUUCUCUGGAAGGAGGGUUACUCUAUGCCUUUGUUGGCCCGGCAGCUGUCAUUGUUCUGGUUAACAUGCUCAUUGGCAUAAUCGUAUUCAACAAAUUGAUGUCUCGGGAUGGUAUAUCUGACAAGUCCAAAAAACAACGGGCUGGAAUUGAGAUUUCCUGCAGGAACCUGCCUCUGAUUUGUUCCACAUGUGGAGUGCUGCCCAGUGCAAAGCUAUCUGCAGCUACUGCCAGCAACGCUGUGGCAUCUCUCUGGAGCUCCUGCGUGGUACUUCCUCUCUGGCUCUUACUUGGAUGUCUGCAGUUCUAGCUAUGACCGACCGCCGAUCCAUUCUCUUCCAAGUUCUGUUUGCAGUAUUCAAUUCCGUACAAGGCUGUGUGAUCAUCACUGUUCAUUGCUUCCUGCGCCGAGAGAUUCAAGAGGUGGUGAAGUGCCAAAUGGGUGGGUGCCGCAGUGAUGAAAAUGAGGAUUCUCCAAACUCCUGUAAGAACGGACAGCUUCAGAUAAUGACAGAUUUUGAAAAAGAUGUGGACUUAGCGUGUCAGUCUGAUGAGAAGGCCUCCUGGUACACAGCACAUGGGGAAACUGUUUUAUUUAAGGAAUUGAAUGCAUGUCAUCCUUCUAGCGUGACUGGAGCACUAUCCCGCAUCUCUUUAGAUGAUGAAGAUGAUCUAAAACUACAUAAAGGGAGUGAAGGCCUCAGCUUUUCCCACCUUCCAGGGAAUCUCUCUUCUCAAGGAGGAAUUCUGCUCCAGGUGCCCAAAAUAACCCAUAACCCAGUAAAUGAUCUCAAUGAUCCACUGCCUAAAAAAGAAAUCAAUGUGGAGCGUGGACCCCUUUAUCUGUGCCCUGAAGGAAACAUGUGGCCCUUGGACUUUGGUGAUGCACAUCAGGAGCAAUCGUUAGAAAGUGAAUACAUGGUGUUGCCCAGAAGGACUCUGAGUCUCAAACCUUUCAAUCGUGAACAAGGAAAACAUAACCUGAGGCUGGCAGAUCUGAACAAAGGGCGCCAGCAAGUGGACACAGAUAGUUACCCCAAUUUUCUGUCAGUGGACCACAUCAACGUUAAUUUAACCCCACCCUAUGUACCUGCUCAGCAACAGUUUGGGUUGUCAUUUAAACAGCCACCCUCUGUCCGGCAGAUCCUGGCAUCAGAGAUGAAUGAGCGGAGUCGCACAAUGCCCCGCACGGUGCCUGGUGCAUCUCUGAGCGCUGGAUCUCUCGAGAAACCACACCAACCUGUCCCUGUGUUUCUCCCUCAGCGGAAGCGAUUGAGAUACUCAGAUAUGGAUUUUGAGAAAGUGAUGCACACAAGAAAAAGACACUCAGAGCUUUAUCAUGAAUUGAACCGAAAGUUCCAUACACUGGAAAGGUACCGGGAUGCCAGUGCAAAGAGAGACAAACGCUGGAGCAUAUCCUCCGGAGGAGCAGUGGAGAGAACCUCAGCCAGUGAGAAGACAAGUCCAGCUGGCCCCCAUCAGAAGGUUUGGGAUAGUUACAGAGUACGCUCAUCACAGAUCCAUGACCGCUUGGGCCUACGCUGUGUAGACUGGGAACAGCCUCCACGUAUAUCCAUGGAUAUGUCAGAUGGCGAUUAUCAGACUGAAGUAUAA